GUUUUCACUUUAAAAAGGUCUUGACCGUUGCUUUUUGCUCAACGUCUCUCUCUCUCUCUCUCCCGAACACAGCAGAACUGUGAUCAGCCAGCUUCUUCAUCUUAUUACCGCCCACCAUAACCAAGUUCAACAGCUAGGGAAAUGACUUAUGAAUCUGGUGAGAAUUAACAGACAACUCCUUUGUGAUCUCCAGUACGAUUCAAGCCUGAAAAAUUCAUAGAGAGGUCCAAGAGUCAAAAGAUAAGAGACCUGAAGUGAGAGAUGGGAUGUUCGACAUCCAAAUUGGACAAUGAAGAGGUUGUGCAACUUUGUAAAGAUAGGAAGGAGUUCAUCAAACAAGCUGUUGAGCAUAGAAGGAGAUUUGCCUAUGGGCACAUUGCUUAUAUCCAGUCCAUGAAAAAAGUUUCUGCUGCUCUACGAGAUUAUAGUGAAGGAGAUGAACCCCGGGAGUUCUUGUUAGAUUCAUUCAAUACCCCACCCUUCACAACCAUAAAGAAAGUGAGUCCCGGGUUCAUCUCGAUAUCACCGAAAUCUUUAUCAGUAAAAUCAAUCCAAUCGACACCAAAUUCAAAAAUUAAAAUAAACUACCUAAGGUCAGGUGGGAAUCCAUCAGUUUCUGUUGAGGAGCAGCCUCAAUCACCGGAAACUGUUAGAAUUGAAACGUACUCCCCAGUCAAUCAAUAUGGGAUGGAUGGGUAUUUCGGAAUGCAAUCCUCGCCCAUGAAUUUCUUCCAUUAUUCCCCUAACAAUAGACCCAACUUUCCUCCCUCUUCCCCUCAAACUUCACAAUGGGAUUUCUUCUGGAACCCAUUUUCAUCAUUAGAUUAUUAUGGCUAUCCCAACAGGAGCAGUAUGGAUCAGACUAUUUUGGAUGAUGAGAUCAAUGGGCUAAGGCAGGUUAGAGAAGAAGAAGGGAUUCCCGAAUUAGAAGAAGAAACUGAACAAGAAGAGACUGACAAUAGAGUAAAUAGGACAGAGGGCAGAGCUAAAGUUGAAGUAAAUUGCACUAGAGAAGAAGUUACUGUUGAAGAUGUUGAUGACGAUGAUGAUGACGAUGAGGAUGGCUGUGAAGAUGCAGAUAGUGGAAAUGAUACUGAGCAUGAAGUGAAAGGAUUCCAAUGCCAUGGCAGUCAGAGCAUGGAAGUAUCCAAUGCACAAAAAAUUGCACAAGUCAGCAAUCAAGAAACAGCAGUUGGUGAUCGACAAGCUAAUGAGGAAACACCAGGGUUUACAGUUUAUGUAAAACGGAGGCCAACAAGCAUGGCUGAAGUAAUCAAGGAUCUGGAAGCUCAGUUUGCAAUUGUUUGUAAAUCAGCAGAUGAGGUAUCUGCUAUGUUAGAGGCUAGCAGGGCUCAGUACACAUCAACAUCAACUGAACUCUCAGCUGUGAAAAUGUUGAAUCCAGUAGCUUUGCUGCGCUCAGCUUCAUCUCGUUCAUCAUCAUCGAGAUUCCUAAUAAACUCUUCAGUUUCAAGAGACGAAGGCUAUGAAAGCAGUAGCAGCUUCUCUGAAGAUUCUUGUAUGCUUUCAUGUAGUCACCAAUCAACACUGGACAGAUUAUAUGCUUGGGAGAAAAAACUUUACCAGGAAGUCAGGGCUGGUGAACGUGUCCGGAUAGCAUAUGAGAAGAAAUGUGCCCACAUGAGGAACCUAGAUGUGACAGGAGAGGACCCUUCCUCAGUAGAUAAAGCAAGGGCAGCUAUCAGAGAUCUACACACCCAGAUUAAAGUUUCAAUACAUUCAGUCAAAGCUGUUUCAAAAAGGAUUGAAACUUUAAGGGAUGAAGAACUUCAGCCUCAGCUCUUUGAACUGAUACAAGGGUUAGCAAGGAUGUGGAAGGUUAUGGCAGAAUGUCAUCAAGCCCAGAAGUGUACUUUAGAUGAAGCCAAGCUCUUACUUGCUGGCAUGCCUUCAAAACUCUCUGCAAAAAAGACAUACACUAUAAUGUCACCUUCUGAGCCACACCGGCUAGUUCGUUCAGCUGCCAACCUUGAGACAGAGCUUCGCAAUUGGAGAGCCUCAUUUGAGUCAUGGAUCACUUCUCAACGAUCAUAUGUUCAUGCAUUAACAGGUUGGCUCCUACGCUGUGUCCGUUCGGAUCCUGACACAUCAAAAUUGCCAUUCUCUCCUCGCCGGUCCAUUGGGGCCCCACCGAUAUUCAGUCUAUGCAUCCAAUGGUCUAGGUUACUUGAUGCCAUCAGUGAGGUCCCAGUGCUCGAUGGACUAGAUUUUUUCGCAGCUGGUGUUGGUUCUUUAUAUGCACAACAACUAAGGGAAGAUUCUCGUCGGACACCGAUUGGUUCAAAGAGGUUCGGAGGGGGUUUUCCAGCAGAAUCGGGUGGCAACAUGGAGUUGAUGGAGGUUGGGAAGUUGGAGGAGGAAAUAGUGACUGUAGAGAAAAUGGCUGAGGUUGCCAUCAGGGUGCUUUGUGCUGGAAUGUCUGUAGCUAUGAGUUCAUUGACAGAGUUUGCCAAUGGUUCAGCUGAAGGAUAUAGUAACUUGGUCAAGCAAUGGGAGAACAGCAAGUGGCCACAGAGUGCAGGUAGGACUGGAAUUUAGUUUCUGGUUUUUUUGUUAGAUAAUUUGGUAAGUUAUUUACAAAUUAGGUAGUUUGGUAAGGGACUCCAUGUAAAUUACAAAUUUAACUUGUAACUACAAAUUUAACUCUACUUUCUUGUUCAAGUUGGGUUGUUUGGUA